AUGUUUGACCUUUCAGGGGCAAUCUACCUCAUCGAGCUGGCGUUCUACGCCCCCAUCAUUCCUGCCAUAGUGUUUAUCGUUCUCCUUCACGGAACCAAGCAUCCUUACACAUGGCGCCCCAUUGUUAUUCCGCUCAUUAUGAUCGCCGGCUUGAGAAUCGCCGCAGCGGGUGUUGGUCUAGCAGCAAUGAGCUCUAGAGAUACGGGUCUCCAGGCGACAGCUACUCUUCUCGACACGAUCGGCCUCGCACCUGUCUUAUGCCUCCUCAUAGGACUUUUGAUUCGAGCCAAUGCUCCCGUGUAUAAAGGUCUGCCCGUGUGGGCUUUUUUACCGCUACAAAUGAUUGUUAUAGCGGCAACAGUGAUGACUGCCUACGGCGGACGAGAUCUAUAUACCAGCCAGAAUCGGCAAGAGCAAGACCUCCGGCUGAUGCGCGCCGGGAUAGUCAUCUUCAUCGCCAUAUUUGUCGGUGUUAUUGUUCUCGCGCUCUUCACGAUGCUCAAAGUCCGGGUCAAGUUUUACCGGACUGAACGGGCAGCAGUGGUGUGCGCGUUACUGUGUGUACCUUUCUUGAGCGUGCGACUGGUCUACUCGGCUGGGUCUGUCUUCUCAGACGCAAACACAGUGCUUAAUCCCAUGUCCAAAGACGGAAAUUCUAUCUGGCUGCAUUUUCUCAUGGUCAUCGUUAUGGAAUACAUGGUCACGCUGUCCUCAACUGCAGUCGCAUUGACUGCAAGAAAGGUGGUGAUUUUGACGGCAGGGAGCGCGAAUUCGCUCAAGGAUGAGGAGACCUGA